ACAGACCUUUAGCCACUUUGCCGGAUUGCCUUCAUGACCUUGACUCUGUUUCCUAUCCGACUCUUUUUUGCUGCUUUUAUGAUGUUGCUGGCCUGGCCUUUUGCAUUCAUUGCUUCAAUGGGAUCUGAUGAGCAAGAGCUUGAAAAGCCCCUCUCCUGGUGGCGAAAGAUAGUGGAUGUUUUGCUGAAAGCAAUCAUGAGAAUGAUGUGGCUUGCUGGAGGAUUCCACUGGAUAAAUGUAAAGGGCAGACGGGCGUUGCCAGCAGAAGCAGCAAUAUUAACGGUGGCUCCCCAUUCGUCCUACUUUGAUGCCAUUCCAGUAACUAUGACCUUCGCCUCCAUUGUGAUGAAAGCAGAAAGCAAAGAUAUUCCUGUGUGGGGAACUUUAAUCAAGUACAUCCGUCCAGUGUUUGUAUCUCGAUCAGACCAGGAUUCUCGCAGGAAAACUGUUGAGGAAAUAAAGAGACGUGCUCAGUCUGGUAAAUGGCCACAGAUAAUGAUAUUCCCAGAGGGCACUUGCACAAACCGAUCCUGUCUAAUUACAUUCAAGCCUGGAGCAUUUAUCCCAGGAGUUCCUGUACAGCCAGUGGUUUUACGUUAUCCAAACAAACUGGACACAAUCACAUGGACAUGGCAAGGGCCAGGGGCGUUAGAAAUUCUGUGGCUUACUUUGUGUCAGUUUCACAAUUCUGUGGAAAUUGAGUUUCUACCUGUGUAUAUUCCCUCAGAAGAAGAAAGAAAAAAUCCAGCAUUAUAUGCCAGUAAUGUCAGACGUGUAAUGGCAGAGGCAUUGGGCGUUUCAGUGACAGACUAUACGUUUGAAGACUGUCAGCUAGCUUUGGCCGAAGGACAACUUCGUCUACCUUCAGACACAUGCCUUUUAGAAUUUGCAAAGCUUGUGAGAAGCCUUGGGCUGAAACCAGAAAAGCUUGAAGGAGAUCUUGAUAAAUAUGCUGAACGUGCCAUGAAAAUGAAAAAAGCAAAGGUUGAUCUUAAAGAAUUUUCAGCAUACUUGGAAUUUCCAGUUUCUCCCACAUUAGAAAGUAUGUUUGCCCUUUUUGAUGAGAAUGAAUAUGACAUAAUUGACAUACGGGAAUUCGUUAUUGCUCUGUCAGUUGUCUGUAAACCAUCCAAAACUCUGGAAACAAUUCAGUUGGCAUUUCAGCUAUACCAGUCAGAAAAUGGAACUAUACUAAAAGAGGAUUUAGCUCAUAUUUUGAAGACUGCCAUGGGUGUGUCACAGAUCAAUGUAACGCACCUUUUUAGAGCUGUAGAUGAAGAAGAAAAGGGGGAGAUUACAUACGAUGACUUCUACAGAUUUGCUGAGUUGCAUCCACACUUUGCAGAAGACUAUCUCUAUUCUGAUCAGAUGGGAGCUGAGAGCAGUUUGGAGACUUCAUCUCUUCCUGCACCUAAUGGCAUCUGUACUGACUUCAGCCCUGAAAAUGCUGAAGAUAAAAAGAAGCCCCUGCAGAAGAAACUGAACUAAUAACUACAACUGUUACCUUCCUCUCCUGGUGAGAGGAUUGUCUUUUCUUGGGAUUUUCAUAAGUCACUCCAGUUAUACAGCAAAUACCAGUUUUGUGUGUGAAAGUUUUCCCGUAAUACCAUUCUUUGAUUCAUAUGUACUAUAUUUAUCAGUAUGUUCCAGGUUACUUUGGGGAAGGUUUUUUUUUUGUUUGUUUGUUUGUUUUCGAAAAGUCUUUGAAAAGCAAGAAUGUGAAUGUGCUUCACUAUUAAUGUUCAUAUUUAAGAGGAAGCGGCACACUUAUUUAUAUUUCAUUGGCUAGUUUCAUGUACAGAGUGUCGCACAAAAUGUGCAUGUAUAAAGAAACUGUAGCUACUAUGGCGUUAAGUGCACUUUGGUGAUUAGUGUUUUCCCUAGUUACAGGGAUGUUUUGGGGCCAAAUUUUGCUGUCCAUAUCUGCAUAGUCAGGCUUGUUGAUUUCAGUGGGGUUAUUCUCUUGAGCAAGGCAAGCACGUUUUUGGCCAUUUGUUUUAGUUUCAAUGAACAGUUCAGCAACAAUAUUGCAAAAAAAAAAAUGCUAAGGAUCACUUGCUUUUUUAUUGUUGAGUGACAGAAUUGUUUCUCUUUUAAUCCAUUCCAUGGUAGAAUGAAAAGGAAAGGCUAUCUACCCCCCCCAUCCCCAACACUUUUCUUCUACUGUAAUCUUCCAGAUGCAAUUAAACUUGAUAUUUUUUUCCAAACUGACAUACCACAUGUUGUUUGCAAAUACAUGACAAAACUGUUUCAGUGCUUUUCUCUUCUGAUAAGAACAAACCAUGUCCAACCAGCAUUUAGAUGGGAGACUUGUCAACAAUUGUAUUUAAUCUAGAGUUAUCAGAUUUCUUUUGUAGCAAGCCUGUAUACAGGGGAAAUCUGAAAGGGUUGCAGUCAUUCACGAAGCAAAGUGAGCAAGAGUUGCAGGACGUUGCAAAGGAAUGCUAGUUAAAGCUCUCUAGGAACGUUAGGUAUACUGCGUGUAACAUAGAUGUACCUUCAGUUAUUUUAGAACUCUUUUAAAGAAAUUCAAAAACAUUUGUAUUAGCAACAUUUUUUUGUAUCUUUCCUCUUGUAAAGCCAGAUGCCUUAAUUACCAGUGAUAAGCUCAGAGAAAAAUUGAAACUAUUCCAAAGCCACAGAGCUCCACGUAUUGGGAAACAUGAUAAAAGCCUGAAAGAGCAGGAAAAAGUACUGUGUCGCAAAACAACUGUGAAGGCAAGUCUCCUUCCGAACAACACCACCAACAAUUUACUUUCAAAUCGUUUCUGUGACUAACCCUGCAGGGGCCACAUUAAAAUGAUGUUUUUAUGAUUGGAAAGCUGCCAUUGAGCUUUGGCUUUUCCCCAUAUUAGUGUAACUUUAAAACUAUAUCUGAAAGAGAGGAAUUUUAGCGGAAGGAAAUCUGUUUAUACCAAAUGCUUUUUUUUUUUUUUAAUAGCAGGAGGUUUUUUGAAGCUCAUUAGGGUAUUGGAAUGUGUCCUUAGAAAUCCUUAGCUGCAUGUGGCAGGUUUCCAAGCUGGGAGAAACUGGCUUUAAUAGGAAGGGUAUGGGGAAACAAAAGGUAAGAAAUAAUGCUUUCUGUGGGAGAUGUAGAGGUAUGCCCUCAUUUGGAGCUGAUAAUUAAAUUUUUGAUUUAUCUAAGUAAUGCCUGCCAAGCUGGAGGGUUGCAGCAGAUUGGUAAGCAGGAUUAGAACCAAAACUAAUCCUGAAAAAUUGGAGAAAUGGUUUGAAAAAUAAGACAUGUAAGGAACUACACUGAGGCAGGAAGAGUCUGCUGAGCAAACAGAGGAGGGAGCGGCUAUAACUGCUUAAAAAGAUGUUGGGGCAGGGAGGGUGAGGUGUAUUACACACUGAGGACAGUUAAGUUGUUGGAGGGAUGCAUAAAAAGU